AUGGACGUCGACGACAACGACGACGAAGGCACCGAAGAAGACAGCACCCCGAGGACCACCAACGCUCCGGCUCCACAUCCAGCACCGGAACCAGAGGAUGGCGACCUCGGCCAAGAAAUCCACAUCCUCUUCAUAAUGGUCCUGCUCACAAUCACAAUCUUCUUCUGCCACUCCCUCAUCCGCCUGUGCAUGUUAAUCCUCAACCCGCCCCCACCGCCCGACCCAAACAACCCAGCCUUCUCCCUCUCCAUCGCCAACCCCUCCGAGGGCUUCCAGCCCGUCGUGCCCAUCCGCGUGCACCUGCGCCGCGACGAGGAGGCCGCAGCCGCAGAUCUCGAAAACGACCUUGUUGACGCUGCCGACCCGGAGAAGGAUCUCGUGCCCCCGCCGCCGCCGGCGUAUGGGCUGUGGAGGAGCAGUGUUAGGGUGAAUCCGGAUCUGCUGCAUUGGCAGCGUGUUGACGGCGCAGCGGCGGGGAGUAUGCGGGGGAGUGCCAUGUCGAGUAACAUCGGCAGUGGUGGGUCGCGGAAUGGGUCUGUGACUAGUAGGAAUGGGUCUGUAACCGGGGGUGCUCCUCGCUCCUCUCCUCUCGCCAGUAGCGGCGGUAGUACGAGGGGUAGUGCUGUUGCGGCCCCCAGCGGCGAUGUAGAUGAGGCAGAGGAACUAGACAUGGGACCUAGACCACCCAGUUAUGCGUCCGAAGACGGCCGUGGUCUUGUAUCUGUGUUUUUUUCUGUCUACCUCAUGUCUUGCUCAUUGUCUACUUCCAUGUAG